AUGUCUGAAAGCGAAGACAAAGCAAGAUGUGGUCUACCUCAGUGGUUACCCAUUCCACGCAACGAUACUGCUUCCUUUAUGAAUGAUGUUGUCCUGUGCGCCGUCAAUGUACCUUUCUGUGUCUUUGCUUUUCUUGGAAACCUGGCUGUCAUUGUAGCUGUUGUCAAAACACCUUCUCUGCAAAGACCGUGCAAUAUUCUGCUAUGCAGUCUGGCCACUACUGACUGUUUAACCGGUUUGAUAUCUCAGCCGAUAUUUGUUGCAUGGCGUUUGGUGAUUCACCGCAUCCAUGAAUCUUGCGAUCAUCAGGCUGAAAUGCUUCAAGCUUUUACUGUGGGUCAAUCAGCUUUAGCAGGAUGGUCCUUCGUCAAUGUCACCCUGAUCAGCUUUGACCGCCAUUACGCGCUCGCAAAGCCUAUGGUGUACCGUACAUCCAUGACGAAGGAAAGUAAUAAUUUUCAAAUGAUUUUCUAA